UCUGGCUUGGGCAGGGCCUGGGCGGGGCCGGGCCUGGGUGUGGCUGCUGGGAGUCGCUGGGAGAGAGAUGUGGGGCCCGGUGGCUGCGGGCGCUGAGAGCGAGGACUCGGACGAUGGCUGGUACCUGGGCUGUGAGCACUUCGAGGAGAGGAGCGAGAGGCCGGCAAAACCAUCCCCGGAAAAGUUGGACUCUUCAGCUCAUGGGCCGUCAAAACAGGAUAAGGAGGCGAUUGCUUUGAAAGAGGCUUUAGUGGCUGGAAAGGUGGAUUUGGUUGGAGAAAUACUGAAUUCUGGAGUAGAUGUGGAAAUACAGUUCAGGUUUGGAUGGACACCUUUGAUGUAUGCCGCAAACGUAGCUAACUUGGAGAUGACACGCCUUCUGCUGGAUAGAGGAGCUGAUGCAAGCUUUGCAAAAAAUCAGUAUACUGUGCUGAUGGCUGCCUGUGCGAACCGUGAAUCGGAAGAAAAUGUGGUGAAAUGUGUGGAUUUGCUGCUGUCCAGGAAUGCCAAUCCAAAUACUCUCAACAGAAACCUAAUGACUCCACUGAUGUAUGCAGCCAGAGAAGGGCACACGCAGACCAUUACACUGCUGGUGGCCCAUGGAGCAGAAAUCAAUAUUAAAGAUGAGAAAAGCUUCACAGCACUUACGUGGGCAGCAAGUCAAGGCCACAAGAGUGCAGUGCUGAAGCUAAUUGAGUUAGGAGCUGAUAAAACACUGAAGACCAACUGUGGAGAGACAGUGGCUGACAUUGCCAGUAAAAAUAAGCAUUUUCAGCUGGCAGCAUUGCUCACGGUGACUUCGAAUUCAUCUCUACUGGGAAAAAUGCGGAAUAUAUCUAAAGAAGAGGCUAUUUUUAAAUUCUUUAAAAAUCAGUCAGGCUCAGGAAAGAACUGCAAAGUAAGUUUCCCAUCAGCGUUUGGGGACCUGGACCUGUUUCUAUGUGGACUUGAGCUUGAACAUCUUCAAGAGAUAUUUCAGGACCAUGAUGUAUCCUUCAAAUGUCUUCUGACAAUGGGGAAAGAAGACAUGAAAAAGAUUGGUAUUACUGAUCCCAGUGACCAGAUGAAAAUUUUGGAUGCAAUUUGUGAAAUGCAGCCAGAUGAUCUCCAGGUUUCUCCGCUGUCUGCGCAGAAUAUUUCUGAAUGCAGCAGUGAAGAACUUGCCAAGUUUUUGUUCCAGCUGACGAGACACUGUAGUCAAUUGACAGCUUCUGUUCAGAAUGCGACAACCCAGAUAACAACCAAUUCAGAGCUGAGAGUACUAGACCUAGACUCGGACCAAAAAUCAUCUUUGCUCGCCAGCGACUUGGCCACUUGUGUUGCGAAAUUGGAGAAAGAAGUUGGAAGGUUCAGCAAAGUUCUGCUAAAGUUGCAGGAUGACCAAGAGAGUGUUCCUAGUCGUAUUCCGUUGUCACAAGAAUAUUUUGGUCGCAGUAGCCAAUUGAUGAAGAAAUUAACAAUCGUCCUCUUUGGAACUGGGCUCGUCUUUCUCCUCGGAAAACUGCAUCUAAGAAAUGUUACAUUGUAAGCCUUUGGAGUCUUAUUUGCCAGUAUGUUUCUCUUCCCUUUGAUCCAGGUGAUUUCAAUGUUAAAACUCAACUCAACAAUAUGCCAAAUUCUGGACACUCUGGAAUGCUAUAUUAAUAGAGUAAAUCUGGACCCGGGUGUAAUUUUACAUGUAAUGAUUCAAUGUCAUUUACAUUGCUGCAAAUAACUGUUUGUUGGCUUAAUAUACCUUGGGACAACAGUAUGGUGAUCACCAGGAUUGGCACCUGGAAGUGUACAGUAUCCAGGUCAUUUGUUACUUGUUGCUGUAUGCGAGGGAGCCUGUUCUUAACCAUUCUGUAGUCAAGUCUAUUCUUACACUACCUGGAGCAGGAGGUAUGCUUCCUUGCUUCUGUCAGUUUGACCUAUUGAUGCUGCUGUGUUUGCAAAGAGGGUGUUCUUGCUUGUGAGGGCCUCUAGGAAGGAGGAAGGAGGUUGCUUUA